UUUCUCUCGCUCAGUCUCUCAGCUUUCCUCACAGUCUCAAUGGCCUUCUUUUGGUAUCGCGUUCGAUAUCGAUGGCGUCGUUCUGCGCGAAGACACGCCGAUCGGAGGUUCCCCCCCGGCUCUGAGAAGGUUAUUUGAAGAUUCCUUACGUUUUCUUGACAAAUGGAGGUGGUUUUCGUGAAUCGAAAAGAGCCUUCCAGUUAAGUGAACUGUUGGGUGUAAACAUUUUAUCCUCACAGGUAAUAUGCUAAGGAAGAUUUUCAGAAAUAAUUUUUAAGUGCUAUUUAUCCUUCCUUUUCUAUUGUCAUCUACUGAUCAUUCUUGCUCAGCAAUCAGACCUGUUGAGAGAUCACAUAAAUAUAUAAUGAUAUCAAAACUUUUAUCAUUUGACCAUCAAACUCCUGAACCUUUAUUUGGUUUCUCUUUUAUGAUUGCUUUUUUUUCAUCUUCGAACUACAAUUAUCAUGCAGGUAUUACAAGGUCAUUCUCCUUUUAAACAACUAGUGGAUAGAUAUGAGAAUGAAUUCAUUGUUGCUGUGGGAAAAGGUGAACCUGCUGCAGUGAUGUUUGAAUAUGGGUUUAAAAAUGUGCUCUCUAUAGAUGAAUAUGCAUCCUUCUUUGAAGACAUUGAUCCGUUGGCAAAAUAUAAGAAAUGGACAACUAAGUUGGCUGCCAAUCAGAGUAGCACUUUUAACAAGAUAACUCAAACAAACAGUCUUUACUCACAGAGGGUUCAGGCAGCAUUUAUUGUUAGUGAUUCUGUAGACUGGAGCAGAGACAUUCAGGUUCUAUGUGACAUUUUAAGAACCGGAGGUCUUCCUGGAAGGGAAAUUGGACACCAACCACCUCUAUAUUUUGCGCAUGAUGACCUUAAGUAUCAGGCUGCUUUUCCUUCUGAGCGAUUUGGCAUGGGAGCUUUCAGAAUUGCAUUAGAAUCCAUUUUUAAUAGAAUCCACCCUAACGCUCUAGAGUAUACGUCUUUUGGGAAGCCAAAUCCAUUUGUAUUUAGGAAUGCUGAAACUGUACUAAAGCAGCUUCGGUCAUCUCUUGACCAUAAGCUGCAUGUUGAUCAUGCAAUUGAUGAAAGUCAUUUCAAGACAGUAUAUAUGGUUGGAGAUAAUCCUUCAGUUGACAUCAAAGGUGCAAAGCAGGCAGGGCAUCCCUGGUUUUCCAUUCUGACGAGGACAGGGGUUUUUAAGGGAAAGGAAAAUGAUGCUGACUUUCCAGCAGAUCUGGUUGUUGACACCGUGGAAGAAGCGGUGGACUAUAUAUUGAGAAAGGAACGCAUCUCGUAAAAUUUAUGUACUAGUUGUUUUUCCUCAGUUUUUGGUUUUCUUUUGUGAC